UCCCAACAUCUGUAUUCUCACAGAAUACUGCUCAAGAGGAACUUUACAGGAGGUCAAUUUGAACGAGGACAUAAAGUUAGACAGCAUAUUUAUUCAUAGUUUUAUCCUGGAAAUUGCAACGGGCAUGGACUAUCUUCACAGUGUUGACGUCAAGUUUCAUGGACGCCUCACCUCAUCUAACUGCGUGGUAGAUAGUCGCUGGAUUUUAAAGAUCACAGACCACGGGCUCAGGGAGUUCAAGGCGCACAACAAACGCCUCAGCGUGAGAAGUUGCGGUUAUGUCCAAGACUACUCUAAGCUGUUGUGGACUGCUCCUGAACUUUUACGUCAGAAACAAAACCCAUGCAGGGGUACACCAAAAGGAGACGUUUAUAGCUUUGGAAUCAUAGUACAUGAACUGGAGACUAGGCAUCUACCAUAUCAUGACUGCCACCUUGAGGCAAAGGAAAUUGUCGGUCGCGUGUCGACCCGUACCAAUCCUCCUUUUCGCCCUCCACUCACGGCCAAUGUGGCAAGAGAAGAUCUUCACCUCUUGAUGAAAAUGUGCUGGAAUGAGAAUCCGGAUGAAAGACCUGAAUUUUGGGAGAUAAGAAAGCUAUUAAAGAAACUCCACGGAAGAAAGAACAACCUCGUCGAUAAGAUAAUUUACAUGCUGGAAGAACAUUCACUCAAUCUGGAAAAACUCGUUGAAAAACGAACUGAACAGUGGAUUGAAGAAAAGAAGAGGACAGAUGAACUGCUUCACAGCAUGCUCCCAAAGAGUGUAGCUGAUCAGUUGAAAAGAGGAAGACCAGUGGAGGCUGAAAGUUUUGACGAAGUAACAUUAUUCUUUAGCGACAUCGUAGGAUUUACUGCUCUGUCCUCAGAGAGUACUCCAUUGCAGAUUGUGACCUUGCUAAAUGACUUGUAUACUACAUUUGAUGCGAUAAUCCAUGGAUAUGAUGUCUAUAAGGUGGAGACUAUUGGUGACGCUUAUAUGGUUGUCUCUGGUCUGCCAAUAAGAAACGGCCAUCAACACGCCCUGGAGAUAGCUGACAUGGCGCUUCAUCUCCUACAGUCUGUGCAAACUUUUGAAAUAAAGCACCGUCCAGAAGAGAAACUUAAGCUGAGAAUUGGCAUCCACAGUGGUCCUGUUUGUGCAGGCGUUGUUGGCUUGAAAAUGCCUCGUUAUUGUCUGUUUGGCGAUACAGUAAACACUGCCUCCAGAAUGGAAUCAAGUGGAGAAGCUUUAAAAAUCCACAUCAGCGCAGCCACCAAGGUGUUCUUAGAGACAUGUGGAGGUUAUAACAUGAGAGAACGAGGAUCGAUUGAAGUCAAGGGUAAAGGAAAAUUGGUGACAUAUUGGUUAAACGGAAGAGUCAGUCACGCGCCUUCAUCAGAAGUUGUUUCAAGAUCACGAUCAAGAACUGGUGCAUUCUCUUCUUCUGCAAUAGAAGUGGAGCUGACCGAACACCUGACUCGUGAAAAGUUGGGUCUGAUACGUGAAGGUCUUAAUUAGAAUAUGCAACGCGCUAAUGAAGUUAACUCUGCUUAGCGAUAACUUUAUCAAACAAAGAAAAAAGCUUAAAUGCCUCUCUCUUCAUUUGCAAGUUCCACAAGAUCAAUGCAACUGGAAAAACUUCGAGUGUAAUGCAACAACUAGUUUGGGACUCUAUAACAGCCCAUUGCUAUUCCAGGUGCAUGGAAUACUGGGUCACGUAUUUCACUUGUCCUUUUACACAGCCCUCAUGAACGACAUCGAGCCGACAAAAAUAGAUUUGCUGCUUUUUUAAAUUACCUAUAUUACCUCAUCCGCCUUAGCUAAGUUUCCACAAUCUGAAUUUUUUGAUUUACAUAAAAAAAACAUUUCAACCUUUCCAGUUGGGAUUUUGAGCUCAUUUUACUCUAAUUAGGUUCCAACAACAGCGAAAACUGAAAUACAUUUUUUUUCGCAAAAUUUUUGAUUUAACCUCAAACUCUCCUAAGUAAGUCACAAGGCCUGUAUAACAUUUAAAAGGAGAAAAAUGCAAUUUAGACUAAUCAGGUCUUAGGACUUUAAAGGCUAACUACGUAUUUUCACUUACCAAUUCAAGGCAAAGGGGGGUUUUCAAUUGAGUGUCGAAAAAACCAAAAACAAAGUUAAUUACAAUUACCAUUCAGAAAAAAAAAGGUUAACAUCAUCAUUGACCGAUGAGAACUUAAAUUAAAAACUUUGCAGCCUGCUGAAAGCGCGGGAAAACGCGACUGACCAAGUUGGAAUUUGAAUUUUUUGUUUGAAUUUGAUUGGUUGAGAUGGUGGCACGAGUUUUCUUGACCAAUCAUAGAGCGAAGUAAAGCAAAACCGAAGGAACCCCGGAUCACUCUCUAUUUAUAUACAGCAAAGCAACUCAUCAAAAAAAGUUCAUUUUUCCUCUGCCAAAACACAAUGGUUAGUCUGAAGACGUUGAGAGGAAGCAUUGUAACUGCAAACACCAAAACCAUCGGUGUGAGAAUUUUCUUUGCCCUCCUGUUUUGACGCAGGCGCACAUUUUUUGUUGAAGAGACACAGCACCUGUCUUCCAAUGCUCCAUUACCAUGUGUUAUAUUUUUGAUAAAUGCAUUACUUCGUUGAAUUAUACGCGAGAUCGCCAAAUAAGUCCAUGAAAUCACAGCUAGAGGUAACA